AUGGUAACAGCUUCAGCUUCGUCCCUCGAUGACAUCACGAAUGAUGAUCUACGCGAUUGGGUGGAACUCAUAGGGCAGAUACAAAUCACGGCUGAUGCAAGCAUCAAGAAAGAAGAGGCAGGAGGUGUAGUGUUUGAUCAACGGGUUUUCGAUGAAUACCCUUUCAUCAAGGCGCCCGCGUCACCAGAAACCAUCCACCAGCAUGAAGUGACGCUCCAAACGUCGCUGCCCGACGAUUACAAGAAGUUCCUCCAGGUUACGAAUGGUACAGGAUGGACUGGCAUCGGCUGGAUCCCGUCUCUGUGUGGCGUUGAGCAGUUGCGAUGGGAGCAAGCGGACGCUGUAGGGUUUGAAUCGCUGCGCUUGGAGACUUUCCCGCCCAGUGUGACAUCUCUCGAAGAGACGAUAUCUUUGACGACUGAUGAGUUUGAAGAGGCUCCUCCGCUGGAGCGAGUACUGAGGAUCAGCGAUGAGGAUGAGGAUACCAUUGUCUUCUUGCUGGAGCCCGAAUAUGUACGAAAGACAUGGGCGUGGUUGGCAGGAAAGAGAGGUAUCGAAACGAAAGAUGCGCCAGGCCAGUGGCUCUUAUUCGUAUUUGUGCCUUGGAUGGCAAGCACCAAAGUGCAUCCCACUUUUGAAGGAUACAUGAGAGCCAAGGUCAAAACCAUCAAAGCAUAA